AUGGCGAACAAACCCAAAUGGCGGAGGGGGGACUCCAGAAGGAUGGAGCCUGAGCUGCUCAAGGCAGCCUUCCUGGAGCCAAAUCUUCAGCUGAGCGAAAGGACGCGGCUGGACUGGGAGGUGAGGCAGAACAUCGUCCUGUGGAAGAAGCCGUUCCUUACCUUGCGCUACUUCUUGCUGGAAAUCAUGAUCACCUUGAAGAGGUGGAUUUUUGGCCUGUGCCGGUGCCGAAGUCUCCUGGUGUCGGUGGUGCUUCUGCUCAUCAUGCUGGGGACGACCUAUUACAUGGAAGGCGCUCACCAGGAGUAUGUGAAGUACGUGGAGAAAAAGCUGCUGUGGUGUGGCUACUGGGUGGGCCUAGGAAUUCUCUCCUCUGUUGGCCUCGGAACAGGUCUCCAUACUUUUCUGCUGUAUCUGGGCCCUCACAUUGCUUCCGUGACCUUGGCUGCUUAUGAGUGCAAUACUGUUAACUUCCCAGAGCCACCCUAUCCCGAUAGGAUCAUUUGCCCAGACAACAAAGGAAUCGAAGGAUCUGUCACUUUAUGGACCAUCCUCUCAAAGGUUAGGCUUGAAGCCUGCAUGUGGGGUGCUGGCACAGCCAUCGGAGAACUGCCCCCUUAUUUCAUGGCCAGGGCUGCCCGACUGUCAGGGCCUGAAGCUGAUGAUGAAGAGUAUGAGGAGUAUGAAGAGAUGCUGGAAGAGUGUGAAUCUCGUCAAGACUUUGUUUCCUGGAUUAAGCAAGCCAUACAGAAUCUGGUCAAGAAGGUUGGGUUUUUUGGAAUAUUGGCCUGUGCUUCAAUUCCGAAUCCUCUAUUUGAUCUGGCAGGGAUAGCCUGCGGACACUUCCUGGUUCCUUUUUGGACCUUCUUUGGAGCAACCCUCAUUGGAAAAGCCAUAGUGAAGAUGCACAUCCAGAAACUCUUAGUUAUUAUGACCUUCAGCAAAGACAUCGUGGAACGGAUGGUGACCCUCAUUGGUGCUGUCCCCACUUUAGGUCCUUCUCUGCAGAAACCAUUCCAAGAUUACUUAGAGGCACAGAGGCUGAAGCUUCACCACAAAAGUGAGAUAAAGAACAUUCCAGAGAAAGGAAACUGGAUAUCCUGGGUGUUUGAGAAGCUGGUGGUUGUGAUGGUGUCCUACUUCAUAUUGUCUAUAAUUAAUUCCAUGGCACAAAGCUAUGCCAAACGUACCCAGCAGCAAAUGGACUCAGAGGAAAAAAUGAAUUAA